AUGGCUGCUGCCGAGGGCUCCACGCCACAAGCUGAAGUGAUGUCAAUCGCUUCCCCCAUCAACCUCAUCCUCCUCUCCCUCUUCGUCGUGCUGCUGUACUGGAACUUCCGCCCCAAACAGCCCGUCACGCUCCCGCGCGGCCCGCCCCCGGUCGUAUUCCGCACAUACACGCCCAAGACGCUAAUCGAGUUCAACGGCGAGGACGGCCGACCUGUCUUCCUGGCUGUCCGGGGCCGAGUCUUCGACGUGUCUCCCGGCAGGAACUUCUACGGACCAGGUGGUCCGUACGAGAACUUUGCUGGCCGCGAUGCCUCGCGUGGCCUGGCACACCAGAGCUUCGAUGAGGAGAUGCUGACCAAGGACCUCUCCGGUCCAUUGGAUGACCUCAAGGAUCUGGAUGCCGACCAGCUUGAGAACCUGCAGUCCUGGGAGGAGCGCUUCUCCGAGAAAUACUUGGUGGUUGGAAAGUUGGUUGCCGAGGGUGAUCCCGAGGCUCCCAAAUCAUGA